GUCGGGGCGGUGUAUGACCCGGAUGUUGGUGGUGGUUGUCCGCGGGGUGUGACCCGGAUGUUGGUUGUCCGCGGGGUGUGAGACCCGGAUGUUGUUGCUGCCUCUCCUGUUUCCGGCAGCGGUUUCAAUGACCGCCGGGGGCCGGUCGGUGACAUAAACGGUGGGAACAGCUGACGAACAGCAGGAGAUGUCGAGCUCAGAAGAUGACAAUGAUUAUGAACCUUCUAUUAGAAGCUUGGAUACAUCAGAUGAGAGUGCAAGCUCGUCUGAUAAUGGCUAUUCUCUCUCAAGUGAGGAGGAGGAGGAGGAGGAUGGACGAAUUUGGUGUCGACAUGUGGUGUCGGAAGAAUGCAUGCUUCCUCCACCACCACGCUUCCCAUUCACUGGAAAUCCUGGAAUAUCAAUUGAUCAAGACACAGCUGAUAUGACUCCUUUGGAUUUUUUUAGUCUUUUAUGUGACAACAGAAUUAUUGAUCGAGUUGUGGAUGAAACUAAUCGCUUUGCUGAACAAAUUGGAGAAAGAGAUUGUAUGUGGCGCCCUGUAACAAAGGCAGAAAUUUGUGUGUUUUUCGCCUUGAAAAUGCUUGGGGGUAUUGUGAAAAUGCCAGAUCAAGAAAUGAACUGGUCGAAAGAUGAACUACUUGAAAGACCAAUUUUUCGGAAGCUGAUCAGUUUGAAACGCCAUAAUAAGAUAAAACAGUAUCUUCAUUUUGUGAAUAAUGAAACUUUUGAUGCAGAAACACAUCCCAACCCAAAAUUGUAUAAAGUUUAUGAUGUGUUUAUGAUGUUUAGUGAGAACUUUAUGAAAUGUUAUACCCCUAACCAAGAUUUAUCUAUAGACAAAAGCCUUAUGCUGUUCAAGGGAAGGUUAGGAUGGGUGCAGCACAUACCUCUAAAAAGGAGGAGGUUUGGAGUGCAGUAUUUUUUUUUGUGUGAAGCAAAGACUGGAUAUGUGUAUAGAGUAAUCAUUUAUGUUGGCAAAGGAACACAGUUUGACUCAGAAUAUAGUGAAUAUCCCAUGAGUUCUCGUGUUGUGUUGUCUCUGAUGAAGCCUUUACUUGGUAAAGGUUAUUGUGUUACUGUGGAUAACUUUUACACUAGUCCGCAAUUAGCUGAUACUCUGGUUAGUCACUACACUGAUAUUUAUGGAACUCUCCAUUUGAAUAGAAAGGAAGUGCCUGACCAGCUGAAAAGGGCAAAAUUGAAAAAAGGGGAAGUUGCAGCAUUUCAGAGAGGUAAGGUAAUGAUUCUUCGUUGGAAGGACAAGAAGGACGUUACAAUGCUUUCAACCAUUCACAACCCCAUUAUGAAGGAUGUUGAGACAAGACAAGGGCCUGUGAAGACACCAACAGUUGUAUAUGAUUACAAUUUUACAAUGGGUGGAGUUGACAAGGUGGACCAACAACUAGUAGAUUAUCCCAUCACAAGGAAAUGGGGUAAGAAAUAUUACAAGAAAGUCUUCUUCCAUUUGAUGGAUCUUGCGGUAUGGAAUUCUUACAUCUUGUACAGUGUAGCAGUCACUGAGGCAGGAAAAAAAGCCCUCACACACCUGAAAUUUCGUAUGCAGAUUAUACGAGAUAUCAUCGCAAAAUAUGGGGCAGAUUUACAAACUACUAAAGUAGUAGGGAGACCUUCGACUUCACCAGGAUGUUCGCGUUUUACACCAGGACAUUUUCCAAUGGAAGUCCCAGCAACAGAAAAGAAGACAAAUCCAACAAGAAAAUGUGCAGUGUGUUGUCUGAAACGUGACCAUAGAGGGAAACCAGUCAGGAAGGAGUCACGAUAUAUGUGUAGACUCUGUAAUGUACCUUUAUGUGUAGUACCAUGCUUUGAAAAAUACCAUACCAAAUAAUCAUUCAUAAAAUGCCAGAGAAAGUAAAAUGUAUGGGAAGAUGAGGUAAAAUGAAAGAUAAAAUAAGUACAAUAUUUUAUUUACAUUUACUUUUGGUUAUGAAAAUUGAAAAAAAAAUUUUUUGAGAAGACAUGCUUAAAAAAAGUAAAAUAAAUGUGUAAUUCCCCUUUACUUUAGGUGAUAAAGUUGGGAAAAAAAGCAACAAAUUAAAAAUAAAUUUAAAUAUAUGGGAAGACUAGUUAUCUCGUUUUUGCCGAAAAUGGUAUCUUCAAAUUAAAAUUUCAAGUAAAAUAUUGGAAAUAGAUAAAAACAAAAGUUAUUUCCAUAAUCAGCAUUAAAAAUACUAUAAAAAAUAUUUAAAAAUUCGUCUGAAAAUGAAACGUUUUCUCCAAAUAAAACUCGCCGGGGAAGGGGUUAAAUUGUGAGCCAAAACCCAUUUCUUUUAGUUUAUCCUGUCCUCCACUCCCCCCAUUCCACUUAAGUUCUUUCAACUCUGGAGACACACCAUUGUUCUGUCAUUCUCACAUUCUGAUCACCUAACCCGAACUGUCAACAGCUUUUUUCCAUCAACAUCCUGCACCCUCUGCCCCCACCUCUAUCCCGCUCAAACUGUAGCAUAAAUGCUGUCCCUUCCACACUUCACUUCACUUCACUUCCGCUGUGAUGAAAAGCCAUUUAGACUUGAAAGGUUAGCUUGCUGUCUGUCCAUGGGUGCUGUAUUUCCAGCAAUUGUCGUUUUCUGUUGGGUAAAGAUUGGGCAGGCUUUAUCGCUUUUUCUCUUGAAAGGAGAUUCUUGAUGGGCUAUUUGAAUGACUUUUUUUUUAAUAUUAUGAAAGUAUUCAAUAGACAUAGAAGACCAUUUUCCAGUUGUGGGAAGAACAAAAUUGGAGGCUGUAGAUAAAAGGUAAUUAUUAAGGAACUAAAUGGAGAAUUCAGAAGAAGCUCUUGGGGAGUGAUGAGAAUAUGGACCUUGCCGCCACAGGGUGUAAUUGAGGUGACUAAUGUGAAUGCAUCUAAGGGGGAUCUUAGGUAAGUAUAUGAGGGAGAAAGGAAUCAGGCUUAUGCUGAUGAAAUUGGAUGAGAAAGCAUGAGAAGAAGCUUGAGUAAAAUAGAAAUGGACUGUUUGGGUCCAGUUAGCUGUUUCCGUGCUGUAUGUUCCAAGUAAUUCAAUGCCAUAUGCAUGGACCCAAAUAAAGGGGAAGGAUAAUUAAAUUCAAUAUUGAGGACUAAUAGAUUUCAGGACUGUGACUUUUGAGAACAAGGGUCAAAGUGAGCCACAUAAAAUGGAUGACCUUGUCCUCCCGUUCCAGUAGCCCCAUAUCAGUCAAAACAAGCACUCAGACACACUAUGGCUCUACCUUCUUUACCUUUAUUCCGAGCCAUGGAGAGAAAGCGAUCGCCCAUGUACACAAAGACGAGUUCUCAGUCUUCUCUCAAACAGCAGAUUCUUAAGGAAUUAUAUAGUCCUCUCCAGGAAGCAGCAUCCAAA